AUGGCAUCCUAUGACUCUGCAUCCACAUCACACAGUGUACCAUCUCCACCAAUUGAAAGACACCGUCUCAGACGUAAACGUUCUCCUUCCCCAUCCUCGCAGCACUUCAGCGUGAAUCCAUUUGCUGCACAUCGCACAUAUUCCCCCUCAACCCGCGCUUCUGACAUCGCGCGCCUUCUUGACCCAUCAUAUGCAUCGCCGUCACAUCAAACAUCAUUCAAGGCACUAGGCUCACGAACUGCUAUCAGGGAGGUUUAUGUUGAUCACCACGGUGACCUGCAUGAUCCUGAUUUCCGUGACUUCCCCACUUUUGGCCAUGCGCAUUCUAAACCGAGUUUGGGGCGGAUAUAUUCGGACGAGAGUGAUGCAGAGGAAGAUGAGGAGAUCUGCCAGAGACGGGCAUCUAUGGAGAAGCAACGGAGGCGGCCAUCCACUACCACUUACUAUGCUUCCCCUGCCUACUACCCCUACGACGAGCCUUCGUCGUAUGAGUCAAGAAAUUUGGUUGAAGUCGAAGAUGAAGAUGAGCAGCUAGAUCAUCAAGAACACGCACCUCUCAGGGAGAAGUACUUCACUUCGCGAUCAAAAUCUCCUCAGAAACAUUCUCAGACUGAGAAGGAGACAUAUCCUGAGAACCCUCAUAUCGAGGCGCCCCAACCUCUUGCACCUGACAGUGACUGGACACCUACGUGUGGACAUGCUAUUCGCCGUCAGUGGCACGCCUUCACACUGAGCCUGCGCUUUAGUCUAUUCCGGACGAAGCGUAGAAUUCAGCGGAGAAUGUCGGGCUAA